AUGAUGCCUCCCAGCUCUUCGCCAAAAGCAACCUCCACACACUUGGCCAUCUCGCAAGCCGUGACAGGGCGAUCAAUGGCGCCCCUACGUCCGCGCCUGGCCGCCCUGCUCGCUCUGUGCGCGUGCGCCAUGGCUCCGCCGGCGGCCGCCGCCAACGUGUCGAUCACGACGUGCCGGUCCUUCUGCGGCAACAUCACGGUGGACUACCCGUUCGCGCUCCACGCCGGGUGCGGCCACGCGGGGUUCCGCGACCUGCUCUACUGCAUCGACCGCACGCUCAUGCUGCACCUCCCCUCGGGCUCCUACCGCGUCCUCGACAUCGACUACGCCUACCGCGGCCUCACCCUGCACGACCCGGCCAUGUCCGACUGCCGCGCCAUCGACCGCUCCCCGGGCGGCCGCGGCAACGGGUUCGUCGUCGAGCCGUGGCGCGCGCCGUUCCUGGCCCCGGACCCGGACAACGUGUUCCUCCUCCUCGGCUGCCGCGCCAGCUCGCCGCUCUUCCAGGGCUUCCCCGACCGCCACCUGCCGUGCCGGAACGUGUCCGGGAUGGGGUGCGGCGACUACUACGGCUGCCCCGCGUGGGACGACUACGGGCGCCGGCCGUCGGGGGCGGCGUACGGGUCGGCCGUGCCGCCCGAGUGCUGCGCGGUCUCGUGGGGCGCCAUCCGGGCCGUGAACGUGAGCCGGCUCCAGUGCGAGGGGUACAGCAGCGCGUACAGCCUCGCGCCGGUGCGCGCGGAGGGGGCCGGCGGCUGGGCGUACGGCAUCCGGGUGGCGUGGGCGCUGCCGGAGGCGAACCGGGGGUUCUGCGGCGCGUGCCGCGCCACGGGCGGGGUGUGCGGCCACGACGUGGAGAGCCGCGGCGACCUGUGCCUCUGCGGUGACUGGAACUCGACUUCCAACUGCGACUCCUCGGCGGACGCCGCGCCGUCAAGCACCGCCACGCCUGGCAUCGCCAUUGCCGCUCUUCUCUUGGCCCUUCUCGCCUCAGGUAACAUAUUGACGUAG